AUGGGUACCCAGCAAGUCUUUGAGUGCACUCGAUUCAAUGAAAGGGGCGUUCUGUUCCUACCACGACCGCUACGGCCGAACGCUCUUGAGCAGGGGCCAGUCGAUGACAGGCUGUCCUCUUGUUCAAAGUUGAGUGACUGCAGUUUGUCAGAGAUCAGCUGUUCUUCUCUGGCCUCAGCUCUGAAGUCCCACCCCUCCCAUCUGAGAGAGCUGGACCUGAGUAACAACAAGCUGAAGGAUUCAGGAGUGAAGCUGCUGUCUGCUGGACUGGAGUCUCCACACUGUAGACUGGAGACUCUGAGGUUGAGGAGCUGCAGGUUGUCAGAGAUCAGCUGUUCUUCUCUGGUCUCAGCUCUGAAGUCCAACCCCUCCCAUCUGAGAGAGCUGGCUCUGAGUAUCAACAAGCUAAAGGAUUCAGGAGUGAAGCUGCUGUCUGCUGGACUGGAGAGUCCACACUGUAUACUGGAGACUCUGAGGUUGAGUUGGUGCUGGUUGUCAGAGAUCAGCUGUUCUUCUCUGGUCUCAGCUCUGAAGUCCAACCCCUCCCAUCUGAGAGAGCUGGAUCUGAGAGGAAACAACCUGAAGGAUUCAGGAUUGAAGCUGCUGUCUGCUGGACUGGAGAGUCCACACUGUAGACUGGAGACUCUGAGGUUGAGUGAAUGCAGUUUGUCAGAGCCCAGCUGUUCUUCUCUGGCCUCAGCUCUGAAGUCCAACCCCUCCCAUCUGAGGUAUCUGGAUCUGAAUGACAACAAGCUGCAGGAUUCAGGAGUGAGGCUGCUGUCUGCUGGACUGGAGAGUCCACACUGUAGACUGGAGACUGUGAGGUUGAGGAGCUGCUGGUUGUCAGAGAUCAGCUGUUCUUCUCUGGUCUCAACUCUGAAGUCCAACCCCUCCCAUCUGAGAGAGCUGGAUCUGAGUGACAACAACCUGCAGGAUUCAGGAAUGAAGCAGCUGUCUGCUGGACUGGACAGUCCACACUGUAGACUGGAGACUUUGAG